UCUGACAGGGUGAACCAAGAACGGAGGAAUCAUGACUUUGGUGCCUUUUCACCCUUCCUUCUCCGUGAUGUUGAUUAUGGCCUGUAGCAAUUCCAGCUGGAGACUCCCCCAGCCUCCUUUUUUCCUAGUAGGUAUUCCAGGCUUGGAGGAAAGUCAGCACUGGGUAGCACUGCUCCUUGGUGUCCUUUACUUCCUUGCUGUAGGGGGCAACGUUAGUAUUCUCGCCAUCAUCUGGACUGACUCCUCCCUGCACCAACCAAUGUACCUCUUCCUGGCCAUGCUCGCUGCCAUUGACCUGGUCCUGGCCUCCUCCACUGCACCCAAAGCCCUCCUCGUGCUCCUGGCACAUGAUCAUGAGAUUGGGUACAUUGUCUGCCUGAUUCAGAUGUUUUUCAUUCAUGCAUUCUCCUCCAUGGAGUCAGGUGUGCUCGUGGCCAUGGCUCUGGAUCGCUACGUCGCCAUUUGCCACCCUCUGCGUCAUUCCAGCAUUCUGCAUCCAGGGGUCAUAGGGCGCAUUGGAAUGGCAGUGCUGGUGCGGGGAUUGCUCCUCCUCAUCCCCUUCCCCAUUCUACUACAGAACCUUAUCUUCUGCCGGGCCACUAUCAUAAGCCAUGCCUAUUGCGAACAUAUGGCUGUGGUAAAACUUGCCUGUUCUGAAACCACAGUGAACAGAGCUUAUGGGCUGGCGGUGGCACUGCUGGUAGUUGGGCUAGACGUCCUGGCCAUUGGCAUUUCCUAUGCCCUCAUCCUCCAGGCAGUGCUGAAGGUCCCAGGGGGUGAUGCACGCCUCAAGGCCUUUAGCACAUGCGGAUCUCAUGUUUGUGUCAUCCUGCUCUUCUAUGUCCCUGGGAUGUUCUCUUUCCUCACUCACCGCUUUGGCCACCAUAUACCGCAUCAUAUCCAUGUUCUUCUGGCCACGCUCUAUCUCCUUGUGCCACCUGCCCUCAAUCCUCUUGUCUACGGAGUGAAGACGCGGCAGAUCCGCCAACGAGUGCUCAGGGUGUUCUGUACAAAAGCUUUGAUUUGAGCACAUCCUAAUCAUUUGCAA